UUACUCUGUGUUGAACGGAACGGAGACGAGCUAGCAAUAAAAAAAACAACAUUGCGGAAAGGGGAAGGGCAGUUGGUUGCACCUGGUCGUCCGUCGUCUUAAUUUAGCUGGAUGAUGUUAUGAUUUGUGCCAUUCUAUAACUGUCACAGCUGCAGAUCUUUGUCCAGAUAUUCUCAGAAGUAUUGUUUUAAUGCGCAGCGGGUAUCCAGAGAGUUGCCCCAGUCUGGACACAUCUCAAGUGGCAAAAAUUACUUGAAAGUGCUCAGUAAUAAGAAGACAGUUCCGCGGAUCAAAACUGUAGUUUUCUUUUCACAUUUCACCUACGUUUUUUAAUGCUAAUUUCGCCGACUGGACCAUAUUAUGAAUCAUUUGGCGACCACAAGCAGCCAGGCGGGGUUUCUACCAAGCAUGUACACGUUCUCGGGGUCCACAAGCCUGCCCGAAUUAGAGCUCGGAAGUCCAAGUACAUCUGGCCAUUUACCAAGAGGAAUGUUGCCAAACAGCAGUUGGGAGACAAGGUGCCUCAGGAAGCACAGGAGGAGAGUUGAUGAUGAUGGAUGUCUUGCUAAAAGGAGGAGAUUAACAGCGGAAACACAGUUGGACAUUUCGCACAUCCCCAGGAGUCCUGAAUGGCCUGCUCCAAAUAAUUGCCCUCCUUUGUGUACCCAAGAAGCCACCCAUGCUCCACCACAGCCUUGCCCAGCCCCUCACAACCUGACUCCCCUAUCCUCUUCUUCCACAUCUCGACCUGAGACGGAGAGCUCCUGCAUGGAGAUCGAAGCAGCACAGAGGAGACUUCAGGAGAUCGAAAACAGAAUAACGUUAGAGGACGAUGACGAGGAUCUGGAUGUGGAGCCCGUGCAACGAAGGCCGGUGUUGGUCAUCUCGGACAGUUUGAAGGAAGGCCUGCAACGAGGCUUCAACGACAUUCUGCCACACACAGUCGCCCAAUCUGUAAGCCAUUCCUGCAUGGAGUUGGUAUUGUGGCGGCCACCCGAAGACCCCUUCUGUCGCAGACUAAAAGGCUCCUUACAGAAACAGAGGAAACAACAGACUGUUUUGCGACCGACCCCAACUCCCUGUCCUUCGCCGACCCCGCACGUCGCCCACGCCGAAGCACAGUGUCCUCUUCAUAACCUUCCUGUCACAGAAAGCUGUGGAGAGGAGGACAUGGAAAUGUAAGAAAGUAUAAGAUUGCUCGGACGCGUCUGGAUUUCUCCUGCUUGAGGGCUAGCUUAGCCACUUGAAAAUAGUUGGGAAUCAUCCACUGCUUUGGUGACAUUUGGCAGCUUGAAUAUAAGCGCAGACAACUGUCAUGAUGCCUUAUUUGCAUUUCAUAGCAUCAUUCGCGCAGCCUGUGUAAGGGUAGAGGAAGAAGUUUGAUCUCGGCAUUUGCCAAAGUCUGGUAAAUAUUACAGUUUGUCUUUAGUUAAUCAUCAGUGAGUAGCCACUGAUUUUGUACACUUUUGCCAUCAUGAAUCGAAAUGUGAUUCCUCAAUGUUCAAUACAGGCCAACAACGUGCGUGACUUUGUGUCAAAGCUGGAUUUGUUGUGGUUGAAGGAUCAGAUUUCCCUUUUGUUGAGCAAGUAUCGUUUGUGGGCUUUGAAUUUAGAAAAUCCUGGAAAUGUCCCUUUUUAUUUUAAUUUUUGGGGGGUUUUUCCCCCUGCAUGUUUGCAGCAGUAUUCAAGUGAGACAUGUUGACUCUGUAUUUAUUUUCUAAUAAAAGUGUGCUUCAUCCUUUAUCAAAAA